GUCGCUGAGGCUCACGCACUUCCUUUCCUUGUCCUUCUUCCCUUUCUGUUGUUCGGCUGCGCGCAAAAUGGCGGAUGACGCGACUUAAGCCUCGUCGUCCAUUCAUGCCUCCAUCGUGAUAGCCUUAUUGUUUCUAUUCCCCCUUUUUCCUGUUCCCCUCCCCCUUCCCCUCUCUCCUAGUUUAUAUCCCCUCCCUCGCCCCGUCGCCCGCUGCUUCUCCACCCCCGAGAGGCCAUCCCAAUGUCGAAGAGGCGGCUAUUUCGCUGGCCUGCCCGCCGCACCGCCGGCCUGGGAUGUCUCGCCCUACUGGUGACCUCCGUGGUCUCAUGGUAUCUCUAUGGUGGACAGCCUGAAGAGCCCCAGCCAGUCCCUCAAAUCCAACCCGUCACCGACCACGAGAUCGUCACGUCUCAACUCGCCGAAAUCACCGCGACCUACAACAAUGCGACCAAUGACAUUGGACUCGUAUUAGCUGCCACCGUCCGAGAAGACCUCACCUGGCUCCUCAAUUACUGCAAGGACCAUGGUACCAUACCCUUCAUUUACACCACCGACGAACCUCCCGCCCCGCACCUCCUCGUCCCUCGCACAGUCCGCGGUCGCGAAGCCGCCGCAUACCUUUCCUUCGUGGUCGACUUUUACUCCCAACUCCCCAAGUACACGAUCUUUGUCCACUCGAACCUCGAUCAAUGGCACAAUGACCUCUUCGGCACGCACACCAGUCCGGCGCUGAAAAACCUCCGACUCGAGGCCGUUGACGCGCAGGGAUACGUGAACCUACGAUGCGAGCACAACCCAGGGUGUCCGACGAGCGUGCAUCCAUGGAGCCCGACGCAGAUCGACAUUGAGAAGAACGACAUCCGCGCGUACUUCCCGCAGGUGUACCAGACGUUGUUGAACGUGCCGCUAGAUCAGGUUCCCGAGCAUAUUGGAAAUGUGUGCUGCGGGCAGUUCGCAGUCAGUCGGGAGCGGAUUCUCCAGCGCCCACGCGAGGAUUACGAACGGAUGUUGCGAUGGGCCGAGGAGACAGACUUGACGGAUAGUUUUGGGGUGGGAUGGGUGUAUGAGAAGAUCUGGCAUAUCAUUUUCGGCAUGGACACGAUAUAUUGUCCGCGGUACGAGCAAUGCCGAUGCGAUGCAUACGGAUGGUGUGGACCGUUGGCGUCGGGCGAGACACUGCAGGCAGUGCGAGCGAAGUCAUAAUCUAAUCGAUGAUUGUUAAUGCAUGAUGUAUACUAUCAUGAUGGGUGAUAUCAGGAUGCAUUUGGUUUGGUUUGGUUUGUUUGAUAUGAAUCGAUUGAUCUAAUUGUACAGUUAGAUGUUUUAAAAUUCUUUGC